CCGGUAGCAGCGGCCUCGCACGAGGACCCGUCGCACGAGGAGCCGUUGCACGAGGACCCGGGACCCCCACCGCCAGGCAGCGCACCAGGACCCCCUUCCCCUCAUGGCCCCCCCCCUCCUCCUCCUCCUCCUCCCCCUCUCCCCCCCGACCUGGGCCCUGACAGCCUUCACCCUGGCCGCCCUCCGGGGGGGCGGCCCCCCCCCUUUCCCCUCUCCCCCCCUGACCGUCGUCGCCGCCGUCGCCGCCGCCGCCGCCGCCGCCGCCGCCUGUCCGUCCGUCUGCCGCUGCGCCGGCGGCCGCGUCUACUGCAACGACCGGGGCCUGACGGCCGUCCCCGAGGGUCUCCCCCCCGGCGCGACCACCCUCUUCCUCCAAAACAACCGCAUCGGCGACGCCGGCAUCCCGGCGCGUUUGGGCCACUUAUCGGCGUUAAAGGUCCUGUACCUGUACGCCAACGCCCUGGAGCAGCUGCCGGCGCACCUGCCGCCGGCGCUGCGGGAGCUGCACCUGCAGGAGAACAACGUCCGGGGCUUGUGCCGGCGGGCGCUGGCGCGGGCGCCGCUGCUCGAGCGCCUGCACCUGGACGACAACUCGGUCUCGGCCGCCGGCAUCGAGGAAGACGCCUUUGCCGAAAACCGCCGCUUGCGGUUGCUGUUUUUAUCCCGGAAUCACCUCAGCAGCGUCCCGCCGGGGCUGCCGCCGGCGCUGGAGGAGCUGCGGCUGGACGACAACCGCAUCCACACCAUCCCGCUCCGCGCCUUCGAGGGUUUGCCGGCGCUUCGGCGCCUGGUGCUGGACGGGAACCUCUUGGCCAACCAGCGGAUGGCGGACGACACCUUCAGCCGCCUGGUCAACCUCAGCGAGCUCUCCCUGGGGCGCAACGCCCUGGCGGCGCCGCCGGCCAACCUCCCCCGCGCCCGCCUGCGCCGCCUGUCCCUGGCCGCCAACGCCAUCAGCCACGUCCCCGCCGGCGCCCUGGCGCGGAUGCGCUCGCUGGAGCGGCUGGAUCUCUCGGACAACAACCUGACGACGCUGCCGCGGGGGCUCUUCGACGACCUGGGGAGCCUGAGCCACCUGGGGCUGCGCAACAACCCCUGGUUCUGCGGCUGCAACCUGGCCUGGCUGCGGGACUGGCUGCGCCGGCGGGCGCCGCCGCGGCUGGAGGUCAAGGGGCUGCUGUGCCAAGCGCCGGCGCGGCUGCGGGGGCUGGCGGUGGGGGACUUGAGGGGGGAGAUGGAUGCUUGCGACCCCCCCGCCGCCGCCCCGGGAGCCGCCGCCUCGGCGCCCGGGGUCGCGGCCGUGCCCGGCACGGCGGCGGCGGCGGCGGCGGCGGCAUCGCCGGGGGUCCCGACGUCAACGGGCGGCCUGUGGGUGCAGGCGGCCCCGGGGGGGUCUCUGAGGGUCCGGUGGCCCCCGGCCCCCCCCGGCGCGUCCUUACGCCUGAGCUGGUUGCGGCCGGGCGGGGGGGCGGUGACGGAGACGCUGGUGCGGGGGGAGCGGGGGGAGUACGUGGUGACGGCCCUACAGCCCCGCGCCCCGUACCGCGUCUGUCUGUCCGCCCUCGACCCCCCCGGCGUCGCCGCCAGCCCCCCGCUCUGCGCCCAGGCCCGUGCUGGCGGCGAGACCCCCGCCGUAUCACCGGGACCCCCCCCGCCAAGGGACGCGCCCCCCCCACUACCCCCGGCGGCGGCGGCGGGGGGGGCGGCGGCGGCGGCGGCCGGGGUGGUCCUGGGGGUCUUGGGGGGAUGGUGGAGGAGGAGGAGGAGGAGGGGAGGCGGGGGGGCUCCCCCGCCGCCCCCCAAAAUCGGGGGCGGGGGGUUGCCCCUAAGACCCCUGCGGCCCUCCGAGGAGGGCGGCAUCCGCACUGUCUUCCCCCCCCCGCCCCCGCCGCCCCCUCCCCCCCCGCUGCCCCCCCCCAGCGCUCGGGGGUACCGGGGGGGGCGGGUGCCCCAUGGUGGGGGUGGGGGAUCCUGAGGGGGGGGGUCCCCUCUUUCUGGGCCCCCCCCCGCGUUGGGGACCCCCCCCCCGGGGACAUGGCGGGGGACCCCCCCCCAU